CUGGGAGCCAAUCAUAGUUAAGAUAACUUUAACCAAUAGCAACAAACUGUUUUGGUAUUUGAAAUAUCAGCCGUUAAUUUUUGAGUGGAGUCGAGCAAGCGUAGCAAAAAUUGAGAUCAAAAGUCAAAACUUUUGGAUAGCAGUGGCACAGCUGGGUGAAAUACAACGACUGUGCCAGGAUAAUAUCAUUUGGUGGAUCUGUUAUUGAAUUGUAGAAAAGACAACCAAGGAAAGACAUUAAAAUGGAGAUUCAGAUGAGGAGACACCGAACGGCGCAGCUCCAGGACCAGGAAAAUAUUUAUGCUUUAAAAGGCAAAACAAAUGUGGCGAUUCCAGUAAAAAAGCAAGGUUUGACUGUGCGUGGAGCGUUGGGGGAUAUAAACACCAACGUUCAAACUCAUCGUGAAAUCGGUGGUAAAGUUGCUGUGGCUGCUGCUGAAUUUGAGAAAAAGGCGACACUAAAUCGGGCAGCCGUUCGAAGUAAUUACAGUCAUGUUCAGUCAAAAGUGGACACUGGUUUGGCAGCUAAAGUGGCGCCGGUGGUGCAGCCAUCAUGUAGACCUCCACUGCGCCGUGAGGAGAGCACUGCUGGUCUUGCUGUCAGAGCUGCUGCUCGCAAUCGGGCAAUCCUAAAAGAUGCUCAGAAUAAACCAACUGAGAUCAAAGAAUCGAUAAACAUAUAUAUCCAAACCAAGAAGGUGCAAGAAUCUAAGAAAUCAUCUAAGCUGCCAACAUUGAAGGAAAACAAAGAAACCAAAGCCUUGAAGCCCAUUCUCAAAGAAUCUACUGAAUCACUUGGAAAAUUGAAAUUAGAAGAAGCUUAUGAGAAAACUUCUAUCAUAGACAAGAAGAAGGUUGAAAGCUAUGCAGCCUUAUUGAACUCUGACUUAAAUGACACACCCCAACUGCCUGAAGAUAUUGAAGAUAUUGAUGCUGGAGACAAUAAUAGUCCACUGCUUAUGUCCAUCUACAUUAAGGAUAUUUACAACUAUCUGACUGAGUUGGAGAUCAAGUAUCCUAUUGAAGUAGACCAUUUGAGGAAACAGACUGUUAUAACUGGUAAGAUGAGGGCAACUCUUAUUGACUGGCUGGUGGAGGUACAGAGGCAGUUUUCUCUGGUGCUGGAGACAUUCCAUUUGACUGUUGGAAUCAUUGACCGAUACUUACAGGCCGUACCAAAUGUUCAACGGAACCAGCUGCAGCUCGUUGGUGUGACUGCGAUGUUCAUAGCCAGCAAGUACGAAGAGAUCUACGCUCCUGACGUCGGAGAUUUCGUGUAUGUGACUGACCACGCAUAUACCAAGGCUGACGUGUUCCAGUGUGAGAGGGAAAUCAUGUCUAAACUGGGCUUCUGCCUGGCUAGACCUAUUCCACUUAGCUUCUUGAGAAGGUUUGUAAAAGCAGCUCAUGGAACUUCCAAAAAUCAUCAUUUAGCCAAAUACUUAGUAGACCUCAGCCUUGUAGAAUAUACAAUGGCGCACUAUAGGCCAUCAGAACUAGCGGCGGCAGCUAUCUGCCUCUCUCUGCAUCUAUUAUCGGGCAAGAAGCUUGAAGAGGUGUGGACACCAACACUGUCUUACUACUCAGGGUAUAGCCUAGAACACAUUGACCCCAUCAUUAGGAAACUUGCCAAAAUUGUUGUUAAUGUUGAUAACUCUAGAUAUAAGGCUGUAUACAACAAGUAUUUGGACACAUCAUUAGCUAAAGUAUCCAGCCUACAUCAACUUAGAGGAGAAGCAAUCUAUGAACUAGCCAAGAUCCCAUCGAGUUCCUAAGUUUAUGAAUAUGUUAUUGUACAGUCACAGUAUGUAAUGUCAUGUGACAAAUUGUGUGUUGACUACGUUUUGUAAGCAGUGUUCUGUGACGGCGGACUGAAUUUGAUAUAAGGUUUGUUUUAGGUACCUGGUUUGUUGCUAGUAAUUUAGAAGUAGUUUAAUUUUUAGACGUAAUUUUGUAAUAAUGAGACUAAUUAAAUGUUGUUGACGAGGUAAUUAUGUGUAUUUAUAUUUUCCAAUAUCUUGAACAGUUUUUAUUAUUUAUGUUGCUAUAGUUGCCAAUGAAUUGUGUAUGUAAAGCAUGGAGCAACUGCACAUGUAAUUUGCUAUUAUUGACGUUUUAAUUUAUUGAGAUUUCUGAAAUCUCCCCAUUAUUUUUGAUUCUGAUUAUAAACAUGGUGGUUUUCACGCAAAGAAAAAAUAUGUAGAUUUUACGUAGCAUAAUAUUUCGUUUUAGACCAUAAACCUGACUAUUGAAACAGUAAAUUGUAAUGACAUUUGAUACAUUCAUCCGAAUCACCGUAUUUUAAUCUGAUAUAAAGAUACUAGAAUAAUAUUAUAUUCUAAUUAUUCACAGGACGCCACAGUAAGAUAAUUGUAUUUCCAUUAUUACGAUAUGAUAUAACAAAAAUUUUUUGGACUUAACACUUUGUAUUGAUAUUUUUAAGAUAAGUUUGUAUAAUUGUAUUGUGAUUGAUAGAAUAUUUUGAUUGAAUGUAAUUUGAUAAUCCUGUGAUUAGAAUAUAUGAUGUAAUUGUUGAUUAAUAAAUCGAGC